AUAAAGAGACACAAAGAGUAUGAGCUGGUGACUCCAGUCAGCACAAAUCUAGAAGGACACUAUCUCUCUCAUAUUCUUUCUGCAAAUCACAAAAAGAGGUCAACAAGGGACGUGUCUCCCAACUCUGAGCAAUUGUUCUUUAAUAUCACGGCAUUUGGAAGAGAUUUUCAUCUGCGACUAAAACCCAACACUCAGCUCAUAGCUCCUGGGGCUGUUGUGGAAUGGCAAGAAACAUCUCCGGCGCCUGGGAAUAUAACCGACCCUGUUAAUGAUCGUCAACCAGGAAGUGCUUCCGAAAGAAUCUGGAAAACGGAGCCUUUGCAGACCAACUGUGCUUACGUUGGUGACAUCAUGGACAUUCCGGGAACCUCUGUUGCCAUUAACAACUGUGAUGGUCUGGAGAUGUAUCGGUGA